AUGGAGACCCUCUCUUACACUAGGAUAUUAGUAGCAGAAUUGAUUCCAACAAUAACUAAUCAAUCACCUAACGACGACUAUGUCCGCUGUGGCUCAGCUCGAUCAACACACUCUGUUACAACUCUAUUUAAUUCGUCUACUUUAACUGUACCAAAAUUUAACAGUGUUUGGGAUGAUGAAGAAGUUGCUGAUGUUGUACCUAAGACGUUUUUAGAUUUUGCUACCACUACCACCAGUGUACAUAUAUUGGCAGGUCUAUUCGUACUUGGUGCAGUUUUUGAUCCGAUUCUCGGUGGUAAACUAAGUGAGAAUUCUAUUCAACAAAGUAACUUGUUGAUUUUCGAAGAUGUACUAGAUAUACAGAAUAGCGUUGCGGGUAUAAGUGGCAGUAUGGACUGUAAUUCAAGUCAACUUAGCUAUCCAAAUGAUGCAGCUAAUGAUAGUUGUUUAGCUGUUUACGGAGCUGGCACAAAUAAUCAGCGAAUCCAACGAUGGUUAGCAGGUGCAACAACAUGUGUCACAAUUGCCGGUAUAAAUAUGACAAUAGGUAGUAAUUCGUCAACAAAAUUUAAUUAUCCAAGAGCUAUAUUCGUUGAUUCAAAUAAUACACUCUGUGUGUCAGAUGCCUAUAAUUAUCGUAUACAAAUGUUUUCUUAUAAUUCAACAACGGGAGUGACAGCAGCUGAAGGUAACGGCGCUGGUUCAUCUUACAAUCAAAUAAACGUUAGCUAUGGUGUUUAUGUAGAUACAAGUGGUACUAUCUACCAUUCUGAUUAUAGCAACAAUCGUGUGAUGAAAUGA